AUGAAUCCUCUUCACAAUGGAAAAGGCUACAUUGCCUUCACGGUCCUCCACUUCUUCGCGUUCGCCAUGGCCCUGACAGUCUGCGGGCUCUAUGGCGUUGACCUGACGAGAGCUCGCGAAUCAGGCGUGGCUGCCGACCCGAAAUGGGUGUUUGCCGAGGUAGUCGCUGGCAUCUCGGUUUUCACGACGUUGAUCUAUCUGAUCCCGUUCGUUCUACGGUUUGCCGGGGUGCCCAUCUGGAACUUGAUUCUCUUCGUUCUCUGGAUCGCAGUCUUUGGCGUGUUCGGAAGCAUGUACAUCAAGGAGGAUGCCGAAGGAAAUCAGGGCAUUCAGCGCAUGAAGAAUGCUGUAUGGGUUGACCUCGCCAACGCCCUGCUGUGGCUCAUAAUCGCGAUCACCAGCGGGGUCUAUUGGUGGGGCCACCGUGAGCGUCGCUCACGGUUCACCGGCCGGGCCAGGGUUUAG